AUAAGUCAGGGCUGUGAGUUUGUUGUCCCCGAGACCGCCAUGAGCAAGCGGAAUCAGGUGUCGUACGUGCGGCCGGCCGAGCCGGCGUUCUUGGCCCGCUUCAAGGAGCGCGUUGGCUACAGGGAAGGGCCUACCUUAGAGACCAAGAGAAUCCAGCCUCAGCUCCCAGACGAAGAUGGUGAUCACAGCGACAAAGAAGAUGAACAGCCCCAGGUGGUGGUUUUAAAAGAAGGAGAUUUGUCAGUUGAAGAAGUCAUGAAAAUUAAAGCAGAGAUAAAGGCAGCCAAAGCGGAUGAAGAACCAGCUCCAACCGAUGGAAGAAUCAUGUAUCGGAAACCAGUCAAGCGUCCCUCUGAUGAAAAAUAUUCAGGCUUAACAGCAAGCUCAAAAAAGAAGAAGACAAAUGAAGAUGAAGUACAUAAGCAGGAGUCUUUUAAAAAGAACUCACAAAAGCAAAUCAAAAAUAGUAGCCUCCUUUCUUUUGGCAAUGAAGAUGAAAAUGAAUAAUUGUACAUAUUUUGGACUUAGUCUCCUUUGAGAGUUUAUGGGAUGUUUUUUAAAAUAACAUUUUUUCCUAUUAUAAAACUUUGUUGAUUUCGCGUCAGUUCUCAGACUCGAAAUGCCAACCAUAUAGACGUUACAAUUAAUAUUUUGUUAUUUCUCAUAUGUGGGUAUGUGUGUAUGUAAAUUAUAUUUUUUAAAACAAAAUUGAAAUUGUAUCUGUUCUGUGUCCAGCUUCUCACUUAACAUUAUAAGCAUUUUCCCAGGUCAGUAAAAUUUAAAAACCUGACAUUAAUAGCUAUAGAGGAUUUCAUAAUUAAAUGGAUCACCUUAAUUCUUCCUCAUUAGUGAACCUCACUUUAGGUGGGAGGGAUGAUAAUGUGCCUAGUUAAAAAUACCUCCCCAGCUCUUGCUAGGGGAAGUCAUGUGACUCAGCUCUGGGGAGUUAAGAGAUACAAGCUGACAAAACUAGUGGUGUUUUGAUUUCAAGGACAGACUUUGCAAGCACGAACUUUUGUCCUCUCAUCAUCCUGCUUGGAACAUGGAUGGGAAACCUAGAAGGGCCAGAGCCAUUUUCAGGCAUAAAAAAAGCAGCUCCUUGCUCUGGGUGGUACAGUGGAAGGACUUGUAGAGCUUGGGUCCCCGAUGGUGUGCCUCAUGGGGCUGCUGACCAGCUGUGGACUGCCGACCUCUGGAACUCUUGAUACGUGAGCAGACUAAUCAUCCUGCUUAAGUCUCUGUCAGCUUUCUGUUACAUGCAGCCAAAUGCAGUCCUAACUGAUACAGCAGUUAUAGUAAAACAGUUCAGAAAUGCUUUUGCAGAAAUCUUUGAGUACAUUUCUGAUGAUUUCCCUUAGAAUAAAUUACUAGAAGCAGAAUUACUGGAUCAAAGCAUAUGAAUAGUUUUAAAGCUAUUAAUGCUUACUGUCAAAUGGCUUUCUAGAGAGGUUACCUAAAAUUUACUUACUACCAUCUACCUUAGUCAUCUAGUGCUGCUAUAUCAUCAGAAAUACCACAAGUGGAUGGCUUUAACAAAGAGAAAUUUAUUUCUUCGCAGUCAGGUAGGCUAAAAGUCCAAAUUCAGGGCAUCGAAUCC